AUGCAGGAUCCUCCCAAUUCAACAUCCGAAUUCCGAUUAGGGCAACGAGUUCACACAUCUGGUAAUUCAACUCGAAUCGGUACAGUGAAGUAUGUAGGAACUGUAGAAGGCUACCCAGACACAUGGAUUGGAAUCGAUUGGGACAAUGCAGAAGGAAAACACGACGGAUCCCUUAACGGAAUUCGCUACUUUCAUGCUAAAUCUGAAACUUCAGGUUCUUUUGUUCGUCCUAAGAAUCUGUGUAAAGGGAUUUCGUUUCUUGAAGCUAUUGAAAAAAGGUAUCGAAGUAACUCUACUAAAGAUGAAGAGGAUGAAAUGUAUGUGUUUUCAUCUAGCAAUAAGCGAGUUUCUAUUCAAUUGUUGGGUGAAAGUGAACUUAAUGAUAAGCUAAGUCGACUUGAGGAGUUAUCAAGCGUCUCGCUGUCGUUUAUGGGUGUUGGUUUCCCUGGGAUUCCAGGUCAAAUUAGUACUACGGUGCCGAAUAUAAAAGAACUUGAUCUGUCCGGGAACCUUCUUUCAGAAUGGAAGGAUGUUGGCAUCAUUUGUGAACAGUUGCCUUCUCUGAAGGCUCUGAACUUAUCCUACAACUUAAUGUCACCAUAUAAAUCUGAGCUUCCAUUACUGAAAAGCAUCCGUAUUCUAGUUUUAAAUAAUACCGGUGUAGAUUGGGAGCAGGUUGAACUGCUUAGACUGUCAUUGACAACAAUUGAAGAGCUACAUAUCAUGGGAAACAAUAUAAGCAGAAUACUGCCUGUGUCAUCAUCCUCUAUGGUUCAGGGAUUUGAUUCUCUGCGCCUGUUGAAUUUGGAAGAUAAUUGUAUAGCGGAAUGGAGUGAAAUCAUGAAGCUUUCUCAGCUAAGAUGUUUGGAGCAGCUUUAUUUGAACAAGAAUUGUUUGAGUUCUCUUUUUUAUCCUGAUACUGGUUUGCAGUAUCAUGAUUCAGAAGUUACGGACUGCAAGCCCUUUAAAAAUUUGCACUGUCUUCUGUUGGGUGACAACGACAUUAGUGAUUUAGCAUCUGUCGAUUCAUUAAACUUGUUUCCUAACUUGGUGGAAACCAGGCUUUCCGGAAACCCAAUAACUGAUACUUCAAGAGGCGGGGUUCCAAGAUUUGUUUCAAUUGCUCGUUUAGCAAACAUUCAGAUAUUGAAUGGUAGCGAGAUUACCUCACGUGAAAGAAAGGACUCUGAGAUUAGGUAUGUCCGGCUUGUGGUCUCAAAGUUGCAUGUUAGUCCCGAAGAAAUCAAACAGCACCCCAGGUUUUCCGAGCUUAAGAAUUUUUAUGGAAUUGAGGAUCAAAACCCUUUAGUUGGAGCUUCUGGUGGUCCACGGGCAAUCAGCUCGGGAUUCUUGUCUAUCACUCUGAAGUGUGUUGGAGCAUCCAUGGGUGAGAAAGAACCAUUGACAAAGAAGCUGCCAGCAACAACUACAGUUGGCAAGCUAAAAUUUCUCUGUGAAAGCUUUUUUAAGCUGAAGUCCAUGAAGCUGAAAUUAUUUUUUCAAGAAGAGGGAUCUCCAUUGCCAUUGCUGCUUGACAAUGACUCGUCAUCUCUUAUGGACCUUGGGGUUGGCAAUGAUUCGGUUAUCCUUGUAGACGAAGUUAGUUGA